GAUCGAAAUCCGGCCCAUAGUUACCGUGGUGCCAUUUACCUUUUAUCCCUCUAUCAAAUGCCAACGAUAAUCGUCUUAUUUCCAACUGGACACAGGGCCAGCAUCGAAGUUGAACCUAACAAGCCACUCAGGAAGGCCCUAGAAUCUGCUUGCAGUAGACGAUGUCUGGACCCUACUAAGUACAUUUUUAUACACAAUCGCCGACCAGUUGACCUUUCUACCAGUUUUCGAUUUUCCGGCCUGGUUAACAACGCCUCACUGGAGCUGGUAGCCAAUGAUGCUCCUGAUUCGAACCUUGACGGGUCAACUGAAGUCCGUAUAUGUUUCAGAUUGGAUAACGGACAUCGUGCUGUGUGGUCCGGAAGCCCGCAUUGUUCUUUAUGGAAUAUUUUGGAUCAGUUAGCUGCUAGUACACCCGAGAUUUCUCAACUGCUCUCGGUGUCAGGUGAUUCAUCUGGCAAUUGUUUGGCCGUCAUUUAUCUUCAGGAGCAAGUUGUGGGGGUUAGCAAACUGAAGGAAUCUACUCCGGCCGAUCUCGGCGUCCUCCGUGGCUCUGCCCUGUUUCAGUUGACAACUGUUGUACCGCCCGCUCUCCCUUCGCCCUCUGAAGCAGACACUUGCAAACAGCGAACGUUUUCCACUCAAGAGGACGUCACUUUAUCGGACCAUCAUCAAACUGUCGAUCAACUCCAUCUCGACACGCAUAACGAUGCUGCGGGCAUGCGUGGGUUUUUCGAAAACUUACAAUUCAACAAAACGGCGAGUGAUGCCACGGCCACCACCACCGAAGCAGUGGCGACGGCAAACUCCCCAUUGACCGGGAUUAUUUCUCCCUUCAGUAUAUUUGAAAAACGUCCCACAGAAUCUAUUUUCGGUCAGAGGGAACAGCCGCAGAUUUCCGACCAUCAGCCUCAAACUUUGGGAGAGUUAUUGGGAAUCAGUUUAGAGCCAGCAUCCAGUCCAAUGGACUUCACUCCUGCUGUUCAACCAGAUUUCCAGUCAAGCGAAUUCAGAUUCCCUUCUGAAACCUCUGGCGUUGAUCUGCGACCUCAGUCCUUCGAAGACCUCCAUGGUCAGACGAACACAGAAGUUGACAGACAGCUAGUGGCCUUCCGGCAACCACCCGCGACUACCACCCCUGUUUCUAUUAGUGCUGACGACGAGCUACCGGAUGACAUCUUCGAGCACACUGUGAAUGACCUUAGAAGUUUGCUUCAGCACUGCCGUAGUGAAUGGAUGUCCUCUGAGCCUCUACAGACAGCCGCGAUGCGUCGUGCAGCCAGGGAACGAAUGUACCGAAAGUAUCCUCGUGCAAUAAUCCAAUUCCACUGGUCCGACGGCGUGGUGCUCCAGUGCUGUUUUGACCCACGUGAACGAGUCUCCUCUUUGUACGACUUCGUUGGACAACGCUUGCGAAACCCGGACUCAGAAUUCCACCUCUACACCACGCCUCCACGAAUGAUACUGAAAGAUCAAACUGCAAGCUUGAUUGACGCUAACCUUGUUCCGAUGGCAAAAGUCUAUUUCUCUGCUAGCAUGUCCACUAAAGGCGAGGACACCCUCUUGGGAGAAGUGCUGUCCAAUGCAACGGUGGAAAAUGCUGCUGUCGCUGAACAAAUCGUGCGCACUUGGAUGAGCUCUGUGGCAGCUUCACAUCAAACCAGUGUACCGGAUGUGCCUGUGACACAAUCAAAUACCCCAUUUUCUGAGGGCGUUUCUCGUGAGGGACCAAAUACUCCACCUAAAUGGUUAAAAAUCGGCAAAUGAACGUUGCUCCCUGUACAAAUUGGAUGGUGUUCCCCGAUGCAAACCUGUUCACCGGAUUCUUUUUACACUUGGCAUCUGCCACAAUUUCUUGCGUCAAAGCUUGAUCAGACUCAUUCCCAACUCAUAAAAAAUUAGACUCAUUUUGUGAUGACUGCGGUUUUAUGAAACCUCUUGCUACACUCUGAUUUCGUGCCUACGUUCAAUUGCGUGUACAUAACUGCACACGCGCCAAUCAUGAAUGAAGUGCAGUUUUAUUCAUUUACCGUCAUCUCUUUAUUUUACCUAGGCUUAGCGUGGAGCAUAUUCGCUCCAGUUGGCAACACUCGCAUGGUAACUCUCGAGUGUGGCACUUUGGUCAUCAAGAACAAAGUCUGGGCUGCGAUCAAAAAUCUAGUCUCUACCUAAUCGACAUGCUAUUUAUGUAGUAUGCUGUUAUCUAUUGGAG